UCGUGCACAGCUCAGUCAGAUCCUGUCCCAUUGAACGCCGCUUUGACUGGAUCUGAACUAUAAAUUCUUUGAAACAACCAGUAUUUCGUUAACUGAGUUCAAUAUUGCGGGAUGUGCCUGGCUAGCUCGAGCCACUGUGUACCAGCCUUCGAUCCACUGAACGGCUCACUUACAACUGUACGGUCACAAUAGAUCGCGGACUGUCAGCUGCUGGAAUCUCCAUGAACGUUUUCCGAUUUUGUCAGACCAUGAAGGAUGGGUAGCUGCUGCAGCGGUGAAGACAAUACAGAGAAAGAGCCGAUUAGCGAAGAUUCUGGUGACAGACGGGGCCCUGUAACAUCAGAUCAGGCACGCAGCAAAUACGUCAGAGAAAAGCUCAAAGCUAAAGAGGAACGCCAGCCAUUGCUCCCCUCUGCUGAAGAACCGAAUAAUGACCGGUCAAAGGCGGCCGGGCACGGUGCUAUAACUGACCCAAGAGAGGUUGCCCAUAUCAGAAGGGAGAAGUUAAGAGAGGCAGAGGUGGCAACUGAGAAGAUGAAAUCAGGCGCAUCGAUAUGGAAAAAGACAGCCGCUUUACUGGCAAGACGAUGAACUGCGUGGACGAUAUAUCUUAUGUAAUACUAACAGGGGGCGAUUUUCAUCCUUUAAAAUAGCUGCAUUUCCAUAUUCAUGAGCUAAGUGUGAUGUCAUUUCAGGCAGAAAACUCAAUGUUACAGCUAUUUCAGCACCAAAAAU